AUAUCAAAAGCAGUCAUAUCAAUGGAAAUCAAUAAAAAGUUUGAGUAAUCAACGUACUUUCAUGUGAUGGAUACAUCUAAUUUUUCAAAACUGUACCCAGCAUUUUUUAAAAAUUAGAUGUAUACAUCACCUGAAAGUACGUCAAAUACACAAAUUUAUUGUUUGUUAGGAUUAGACAACAUUUGGCUGACACAAAAAAAAAAAAAAUCUGGAUUCUGAGUGUUCGAAAAACAGUAUAUCAAGAAAAUCACAUUUACAAUUGUCCACAUUAAGAUAGAAAUGCAUAUCACUAACAAACAUAUUCAGUACGGUUUAAUUUAAGCAUUGUUAUAUAUUUAAAUUUUACAUGCAUUACAAGAGGAUUGACUUCUGUUCCGGAUUUAUCACGUUUCUGCAUGCUGAGAUGUGUGUGGCUCAAUGAUAACAAGGUUAAAUUUGAAAUCAAUCUUUUAUAUCUGAUCACUAGCUUCUGCAUUUUAAAAUUGGGUUCAAUAGUAAAUCUAGUGCAUUUUCCUGCUAUAUGGGCUACUUUUAAUUUAGUUUCAAGUUACUUUCUAACCUCCACAGAUCCUAGAAGUUACCAGAGCCCCAUUUAACUGCUGUUUGACAGAACUUUACCUGCAGAACAAUGACAUUCUCUCCAUUUCAGGUCAGUUGAUCCUUUUUUUUUUCUUUUUUUUUUUGAAUUUCUUCAUGCGCUCUCCUAACUGAGCUUCUUUCUGUCUAACAUGCUUUAAGGAGCACUGAGACACCUGACAUGUCUGCGUGUGCUGCUCCUGUUCAAUAAUCAGAUUAAGUGUCUAGAAGAAACUGUGGUGGAGCUGAAGAACAUGCAGGAGCUCCACACUCUCUCUUUAUAUCUGAACCCUUUCACUGAAGAUCCUGAAUAUCGCCUAUAUGUGCUCCAUCAUUUGCAAUCUGUACAGUUUUUGGACACAAAAGAAGUACAGCAAGUGGAGAGAAGACGAGCUUUAAAGCUGUUCAAUGCAGAAAGACAGAAGGUUCUGGAUACUAUUGCCUUUGGCAGACGAGCACUACCGCCCCCUAUAGGAAGAAAACAGACCAACGCUCUCACAAAACCUGUAGGUCAACAUGUCUCAAGGAAGAGUACAGAGUUAGUGUCGACGUUUUUGGAAUACAUAUUUUUAAUGUUCAAUCUACAGCAAAGAGUUGACUUUGUAUGUUUUCUUUAGCCGUCGAUCUGAUCUACAAAACUGCUCAAAGGCCAAGUCCAUCACACAGUUCUCCAUUAUGAACUGGACCAGUACAAACACAUCUCAGUGGGACCAUCUAGAUGUUUCAAGCAGGCCUGAAUCUGACAUGCUAACUGUCAAACUGAGAUGACUUCCAGACCUCUGUCGUCACUUCUGUUUACAAGAUGGCCAUUUGACAAGGCCAAGUGGUUUAAAUCAAAUGGAAAAAGUGUUGUCAUCUUAAAUCACAACAAACAUCGUCAAAACCAA